GACCGACAGGGGAUUGAUCACUUGAUGAUUACCUGGUCUGUUCAUUCCAUCUGGGGCACCUGGCACUGGCCACUGUCAGAAGACAGGAUACUGGGCUAGAUGGACCUUUGGUCUGGCCCAGUAAGGCCGUUCUUAUGGAUUCUUUCCUGUUCCGAUUAGGAUCCACUUAAGCCUCAGGUCCACACCCCAUAUCUUAGCUCCUGUCAGACAGCACAGCCUUCUGUUCUCUGGAUCAGCUCCGGUGACAGGCCUGUCUAUUCUUAGUAGGACGUUCCCGGUCACAUAGACCUCUCUCUUCCUGGUGUUGGUUCAAUUCUCCAGCCUUCCCCCUUGUGUUCCCUCUGGCUGCAAGUCUCCCUGCCUUCUGUUCUCACUUGCAAUCUUUGGCAAGUCUUCCUCUCUCCUCCUGGGGCUCUGAACUCUGGCUACCUCCAUUGACUCUUCUCCUCUUCUUGUGGGUGACUAGCUACUCUUCUCUUCUUCCUUGCCCAUCCAUCUUCUGUUACUGCCUGCCUCUCCCCUUUAUCCAGCUCAGCAAACCUGUUCCUCGGCUCUAUUUCUUGUUCGCUAGCCGGUCUUUUCCUCUGCCUUGUUUUCAUAGUCACAUGCUUCCACUGGCCACUCUCCUCAUCCAGCAGCCUACAUUCACAGCUCUUCAGUUUAGCUUGCAUUGAGUCUUGAGUUUUCUCUUCAGCUUCCUCUCGCCUUCCUUCCAUCCUCUGCUCAAAUCCUCUUUGAAACUCAACCAUGGCUUCUAAAAGCAUCUCCAAACCUCUGAUCCGCUCUUCAAUCAAAUCUAGCAGGCAUAAAAAGGAAGCAGCUUUCAGGUACCCUCUUCAGAAUGACAUAAAUCCUGCAGCUUCCACAUCACUCAUCUUCAUUGUCUCGUCCAUUCCUUGGGUCCCUACCAUGGUUGCUUCUGUAGCUGUCAUAGCCUUCCCUCCUCAGCACCAGUCAAAACAACAACACACACACACACACACACACACACACCCACCCCUUCCCGCAAACUCCCCUUACAAGCUCCCUCUCAAACUUCCCUGUUGUCAGCUCUGUUUUCUGCCUUCUGUGUUGCUGCUCAUGUGCCGCUGGCUGCUUGGCUGCCUUUAUAGGGUCCCUAAUCAGGGAUGCCUGGCCCCCUAAUCAGGGCUCAGCUUUCAUCAAAGGCUCUGCUUCUCUCACAACACACUGCCCGCUACCAGACUGCAAACUGAAAAAACAUCCCUCUCUAUUGCUAAAACCAGUUGCCGUGUAUUGGUGCUGAUCUAUGGUUUUAAUUUUCCUAGUAGAGACAAGGCCCAAGGGAAGAUUUAACCAGCAGCAAAUGCAUUUGUUACAAAGAUGAGGUUAGCAUCUAGCAACAUUUCAAACAGAGAAACAAAACGAAAGCAUCACUAAGACCAAAACCAGCCAGGAACAGGUGGGAAUUUUUCUGGCAGGGAGACUUGAAAACGCCUAGUAUUUUUGCAUACUGUCUCUUCUCCAAGUGUUUAUCCAGUCCUAAUUUUCUAUGACCCAGGUGAUGGGGCUCUCAACCUUCCCCCUAGGAAGAUGAUUCCACGGCUUCAUAGGUCUCACUGUCAGGAAGUUUUUCUGGAUAUUGAGCCUAAUCUUUUCUUUCAUUAAAUUUCAUCCUGUUUCUCCUAGUUGUUUCCCAGGGCUCUAAGGGAGACACCAGAGAAGAGCUGGAGGAGAGGACAGAAGGAUCUUCAAGUAUGGAGAAUGAACCCAAGAAUUUAGGAGGCACUGUAUUCUCAGAAAAAGAAAAUGUUGAAGAGAAAAAUAAAGCUUUUCAAGGACUCCUUUCUCAGCUAAACCUGCAGGAAUACCAAAGCACAAAACUCAGGCUGCAGAAUGUCCUGGAAAUUAGCUCAGAAAGUAUAGAAAACUGGACUCCUCAGAUGUUAGGGGAUUUACCGUGGCAUUUCCUGAGGAAACUAAUGACUCUGAAUGGGACAGCCAGAAACACAAGCCUUGUGCAUAGGGCAUAUGAUGAUGAAGGAGGCAGUGAGGAGGCACAGAUUGCAGGUGGAGAUGUUUUUAGUUUUAGUGACACUGACAUCAGAGAGUCUCUACAUCCCCUCGAUGUUCUCUGUGCCGUUCUGCUUUGCUCCGACAGUUUCCUACAGCAGGAGAUCCUGUCCAAAAUGUCCAUGUGCCAGUUUGCCCUCCCUCUGCUGCUACCUCCCAUCAACACCCCCAAGUGCACCCUACUGCUGUGGGCCAUGAGGGACAUUGUGAGGAAGUGGAGGCCGCACUCCCUGGCAGAGAGCAGAGGGUUCAGAGAGGAGAGCCUGGUGCUCACCAAAAUGCCAACCAUUUCCUUUGUGCGGAUGGGGAACUGCAGCUUCUCCAAGUCCAAACUCCUCAAUGAGGUUCUCAGCCCCUCCCAGCAGCACCACGAUUUCUUUAUCCAUCAGGACAUGGACUCUGGGAAUGUCCCUCGGGAAAUCGCAGAUGGGCUGGUUGAGAUUUCCUGGUAUUUCCCUGCUGGGAGGGAGAAUUCAGAUCUUUUCCCAGAACCCGUUGCAGCUACAAAUCUGCGUGGAGACAUUGAAUCUCACUGGCUGCAGUUCAGCUUUUUAACAGAGGUCUCCUCAGCAGUGUUCAUAGUUACUGAGAGCAUCAGUGAGAGACAAUACACGCUGUUAUCAUCCCUGCAGGGAUCAGCCACUAAAUACUACUUUAUCCUCAACUGCAAGAAUGGAAAUCCCAAGGAAACAUUGGGAUUCCUUAAUAAGUUGGCUCCAGUGCUGAAUCUGAGCAACUCACAACUGCUGAAGAAAGACAGCACCACAAAUAAUGCAGGAUUUGUUCAAAAACUGAAAUAUACAAUAAAAAGCAUAACAAGUUCACCUCCCGAGAGAAUGAAUUUGGAAGCCAUGGCUGUGACUGCACGUGAACUAGGAAUCCAGGUAGAUGAGGACCGUAAGGAAUGCCAGAGUGCAAGCAAGCGGGCGAGAGAAAUCACUGUGGAAAUAAAAGAUGUGGUAAAGUACAAGAGGGAAAUGCUGAGACUGCAGGGGGAUCUCUGGGAAAAACUGGCUAAAGUGGAAAAAGAACUGUGCAGAAUGAAAAGGCAAGGGGAGACUGCCACUGAAGACUAUAAAUGUCAACUGAGAGAGAAACGGUUGGAAUUACGUAGACAGCAGAAUCAAUGUGACCUUACUGAUGGAUUGAUUAAAUUUAUUAAUGGAAUAGAACAAUUGCCUUUAAUGGAGAAACAUUACUUCCUGAAAUGGAUGAAGUUUAGCCUGGAUCACAUUGCUCGAGAUAAUCUUUUUAAACUACGGGAUCAAUAUCAAGGGAAAAGUAAAAUGGCAGGAGAUGACCCACAAGCACUAACUGUGCUGGAUAAAUUAAUAUCUACCACUUCCUUAGGGGUUGAGCAUUUCAUGCGUGAGUUGGGGCAGUUCUAUGAAGCUGAAUGCUCAAUGGUUAAAGAAGGAGACAAGGCAGAAUGCCAAAGACAUUUCAUCCAUCUCCCAGGCAUAGCAGCUGACCUGAUGCUGGAAGGGUUUCCUAUGGAACUGAUAGAUGGAGAUUCAUCCAACAUCCCACUGCAGUGGGUGACAGAUGUUGUGACUGAGCUCCAUGCCAAGCUGGGGGGAAGGUCCAGAAUGGUGGUUCUGACGGUGCUGGGAGUACAGAGCACUGGGAAAUCCACCCUCCUCAACACCAUGUUCGGCCUGCAGUUUGCAGUGAGCAGCGGUCGAUGUACGCGAGGAGCCUUCAUGAUGCUCAUUAAAGUGGCAGAGAACUUUCAGCAGGAACUGGGCUGUGACUUCAUCCUGGUGAUAGACACAGAAGGCUUGAAAGCCCCUGAACUGGCCCUGCUGGAGGAUAGUUAUCAACAUGACAAUGAGCUGGCCACACUGGUGAUUGGGUUAAGUGACAUAACCAUCGUUAACAUGGCCAUGGAGAAUGCCACUGAAAUGAAGGAUAUUCUGCAAAUUGCGGUCCAUGCCUUUCUCAGAAUGGAGGAAAUAGGGCAAAAAGCCAACUGCCAAUUCGUGCAUCAGAAUGUCAGUGAUGUGUCUGCGCAUGAACAAAACAUGAGGGACAGGAAGCACCUCCUAGAGCAGCUGAAUGAAAUGACCAAAGCUGCAGCUAGGAUGGAAAAACAAUGUAAAAAAGUGAAAUUUUCAUGUAUUAUGGACUAUGAUGCAGAGAAACACAACUGGUACAUCCCUGGGCUGUGGCAUGGAGUCCCUCCCAUGGCUCCAGUGAACAUGGGAUACAGUGAGAGGGUGUGUGAGCUAAAGAAAUACCUGCUUGAUUUUAUAAAGAAACAGUCACGUAAUAGAGCCCCUAAGGACAUUCCCCAGUUUGUCAAAUGGGUGGAGAGCCUGUGGAAUGCUGUAAAACACGAGAACUUCAUCUUCAGUUUCAGAAACAGCCUUGUAGCUGAAGCCUAUAACCAGCUGUCUGUGAAGUAUUCCGAGUGGGAGUGGCAUUUCCGCAAAGAGAUACAUCUCUGGGUAUCUGAAAAGGAAACUGUCAUUCAGAAUCAGACAUCAGAGAAACUACAGGCUAGUGCCUUAUCCAUGUUGAAAAAUGAGGCACAGGAAAAACUGCAGCACGAGAAACAAAAAGUUUUGGAUAAUUUACAAGAUUAUUUUGAAAGUGGAGUUUCGAAUCUGCACCUGAUAGAAAAGUACAGAGAAGAUUUUAUCAGGAGUGCAAACAGCCUCAAAAACGAACUUGAGAGCUACUGCGAGCACAAGUGCGAGGUAGCAAUUCGAAUUCGAAAAGGCCAGCACAAGACAGAAAACAUCCAGACCUCAUACAUGCAGAUAAUUGAAGGGAAAGUUGACAGGGUCUUGGAUGAAUGUAGGAAUAAAAAACAUAAACUAGAGCAUGAGGAACUGAAAUCAGAAUUUGAAAACAUGUGGAGAGAAACACUGUCAGAGUUGAAGUUCAGCAGCUUACAGAAACGUGAAGUUUAUCGAGAGAUGGAGUCCCAGUUGAGAAAGGACCUGGCAAAUCGAGGGAGUGCCGUCAGGCAGAAGCUACAGGAAUCAGGUAGUUUGUUGUUUUAUGGAAUUGACGAUUUCGGAAUGAAAAAGGAGUACAUAGAUACAGCAUGGAUCAAAACUAUGAAACAACUGUUGUCCACAGGGGAAUGUGAAACAACUGUUCACACAGAAGAACUUGCUAAAUCCUUAAUAGAUGAGGGUAACAGAUACUCGGAAGAAAAGGUAAAUUCCAAAGUGGACUACGAUGAAAUCCAUUGCAGAGAACUGCUGAACAUGAUCAACGAGAGGCUCCAACAGGAGGAUGUUAAAAAACUUGGCACUACUGCUUGCUUUGAAGUUGACCUGAAAAUUCAUAUUUUGGGGAAGGCAGCUUGGAGAUUUCAGAAGAUGCAUGAACAUUUUAUCCAACAAAAUGAUCCUCAGUGUCAUCUAGAGAAGCUGAAACCUCAGUAUUUCUCCACCUUUACUGACCUGUAUUUGGAAAAAGAUGAGAACCAAACAAGGGCCAGGGAUUUCUGUUAUCAGUGUCUCAAACCUGCCUUGGUGGAUUAUAUCAACAAAAGGCUAGGAAUAGAGAUAGUAGAUGACAUUCUCAACAAGGCAGAGUCCAUUGAAUAUGGCAGCCGGACCUUUUUCCAGUUCACUGUACAGAAAAAGCUUCUGGAGGAGAUGAACUUUGAUAACUAUGUGAAAUAUAUUAAAAACUAUGAAGAAUUUGUCAAAACCUGGAUUCAGAGACGGAUGAUGGAUCAUUACAGGGAGACUAAGCGUCUGGGAGAGCUGGAGAAAAAGAUUCUAUCUACAAUAGUAAAGAAAGUGAGGGAAGUUCUGGAAAGCUCCAGAAAUGAAAAAAAUACCCCAGUCUUAGCAUUUUUAAACCACUUUUGUGAAGCGCUGCAGCAGGACCUAGUCAUUUCCAAGGACAACUUACUUGGGAUACGGUUUAAAAACACAGCGAAAACAGGCCAGUUUUGUGCUAAUAUUCAAACUUUCCUUCUGGAUCUGGAACAAGAAAUCUUACUCCAAUUUGGUGGUUUGGAUAUUCAGACCAAACUCUCCCAUCUGUCAUUAAAACCCCAGGAUGAGAUCUUCAAGCGAGUGUUUGGCUGUGGGAAGCAGUGUCCAUUUUGUAAAGUCCCCUGUGAAGCAGGAGGCAGUGACCACAAGGAGCAUUUUGCAUCUGUGCAUCGGCCACAAGGAUUAGGCGGUUACAGGUAUCUUGAUACACAAAAACUUGUCUAUGAUAUAUGCUCAUCUGAAGUGGUUUCUGAGAACUCAUUCCGAAAUUCAGACACAAAAGGGAAACGUCAUCCCUACAAAGAUUAUCGCAUCUAUUACCCAGACUGGCGCAUUCAGCCAGAUCCCAGCAUUGAGGCUUCUGAUUACUGGAAGUUUAUUUUUCAGAAGUUCAGUCACCAGUUAGCUAACAGUUAUAAUGCUAACCCAGCAGAUCUCCCAAGAGACUGGGGAAAAAUAACUGAAACUCGGGCACAGGAAGGCCUAAAAGAAGUCUUUAACAUGAAAUAAAAACAUGGUGAGAGCCUGUUGAAAUGGAAUAUACAUAUGUUUAAAUAUUUGAAACUUUCCUUAAUUUUAAAAAAUGGCAUAUUAAAAAAUAUUCUGUAUUGUAUUUUUUAAGUCUCAGAACCUCAUGUUCACUUCACAGCUUCUAAGUAGAGCUGACAGGUUUCUGAUUUUUCAUGUCACAUGACAACUUAUGAUACGAUUAUAGAGUGACUGCUAUACAAUUACUGCUAGGAACAUAAGAACUGCCACACUUGACCAGAGCAGAGUGGACCAUUUAGUCUACUAUCCUGUCUCCGAGAGCGGUCAACACCAGAUACUCCAUAAGAAGAUUCAAGGAACCCUGAAUGGACAGUUGUGGAACAACAGAAAUUUCUUCCUAACAAAUUAUUAGAUUUCAAGGGAGGCCAGCAGCAACCACAAUAAUCAUCUGCUAGUCUGGCUUUCAGCAUAACACCUGGCCAGAGAAUUCCGUCCAAUAAUUCCUGCUGCGGAAGAAAUUAUUCAUCCAUAAUUGGUAAGAAGCAGCUCAUUAUCAAACCAAGUAAUUUGUGGUUGAACCAAGAAGAGCAGAUAUUUUAGAAGGAAACCCUAAAUAAUGAUGAAUUUACCAAUGCACUUUGGAAGCUGUUCCAGGUCAGUUACUCUGACUGUAAAAGCUGAAUUUUAUUUUCAAUUAAAAAUAAAUUUAACUUCAAUUUCCA